UGCAGUCUCACUGUAUGCAUUAUGGUGAAACCUUACCUUCUUAAGCUUUACUCUGUAAGUUUGUCUACCAGUUUAUUUUUAAUGUAAUUGUUGAUGUAUUUUUUUUAAAGAACAAAAACAACUACUGAAAUUUGUCUGUUAAUGUAAUUGACAUGAAUUUUUUCCUCUUAAAGACAGUUUAGAAAUAGAUUUCAUGUUGUUUGAUUCAGACUGGGUCGCCACAUUGUCAGUCUGAGCAACAGAAUUAAGCAAACACAGCCCGCCUCUUUGCAUUGACACCACACUGGAACAGCAGUUCAGUCACUAACAUUGAAGUGGUGCAGUCGUACUGUACGCACAACGAUGAACUUUACCUUGAUAACAGCUUUACUCUGUACCUUCAGCUGGAUCUCUGUCUCAGUUUCUGAGUUUCACACUGUGGAGGUACAGCCUGGUGAAGAGGUCACUCUGCUGUGUACUAACUUUACCAGUUCUGUUGCUCACAUACUCUGGUUCAGACUGGGCAAUGAGCCCAACGCCAGCCGGAUCUCCUCCAUGUUCACCUCUGAUGGCAAUGCUUCUUACUUUGAUGGAUUUCAAAAUGGAAAAUUUAACAUGACAUCCAACAGCACUACUCUCUUUCUCAACAUCAAACCAGUGGAUUUAUCUGACUCUGGACUUUAUUUCUGUGGACUUCCCACAACUGGAAACUCAGUAAUUUCCAGUGCAACAUAUUUAAAGGUUCAAGAAAAGUCUGAUGAACUAGCAGAUCUGACGAGUGUGAUCCUGGGUGGUCUGAUUAUUUUCCUCUUUAUAAUCAUCAUUGUUCUGGUUUUCAAAAUCAGGAAACUUCAUACAGCACAUAAAGAGGGACACAAUCCACAACACAGUGAGACUCAGCUGUGUGAGAGGAGUCAUUUACAGAAUCUGGGCUCUGAUGAUCUGAACUAUGCAGCGCUGAGUUUCCUUCCAAAAGCCAAAAGGAGCAGAAGGCCUCCAUCAGAGAGAGAGCUGGAGCCAAAUGUUGUCUACGCUACCUCCAGAUAGACUCAGGAAACCACUGGAACAGCAGCUCAGAGUGGAACUGAUGCUUUAUCAUAUUCAUCUGCUUUUGGUGUUUUCUAUGGUUGAUGGAUAGGUGGAUUUAUCAUCA